AUGCAUCCGCUCAAAGCAGCACGCUUCCCCCCCACCCCCCGGCAAAGUCCUGGAGUCGAUGUAAAACCAGCGCUCAGCAUUUGGCUGAUUUUCGGGCGCACAGAGGCAGCGCUUCGGGCAGCCUUGGGUCUGCACACGCCCAUUCGGACGGAGCGAAUUCAGCGGCCAGCCCGGGUCACCCACUGCGGGCCGGGGGCGGGGGCGGGGGCGGGGCCGGCCCCACCCGGGAGAGGCCAGGAGGCCGCGAGCGGCGGAUUAGGAAAUGUGACCCUGGCGACCCCAAACGCCCCCGCCCCUCUCGCUCACUGCUGCACCUGCCCGCGGAGCGCGCGGAGCCGCCGACAGGGAAGCCGGCUUAGCCCCGCGCCCUUAGUGGCCUCCAUCAGCCACCAAAUGGUGGCUCUGCAGACUCUGCAGCUGCUGCAGCAGGAGUGGGGCUGAGGGGGCGGUCCGAGCGACCCCGGGAGCCCGCGCGAUCCAGACCACGUGUCCGCCGCCCCAGCGCGUCGCAUAGGCAGGCUCGGCCGGCCGGGCCUGUCCUGGGGCGCCAGGAUGGGGGGGGCAGGAAUGGGGGGUUCUGGGGCGCGGGUCAGCUCCCCAGAAGCGGAAGCGGUGCGAGGCGCCGAGGGGGGCGCGGACUGCACCCUGGCCCAGAUGGGCAUGCGCAGCGCGCUGGCGCGCGUGGUGGCCUCGACCUCGGAGCUGGUCAGCGUGGAGCAGACGCUGCUGGGCCCCCUCCUGCAGGAGAGGUCCUUCCCCAACCAUCCGAAGGAUCGUGUUGAGUUUAGACACAUCUGCAGUCAUUUGGCUCUACAAAUUCAAGGACAACAGUUUGACAGAGAUCUGGAUACUGCCCACCGGUGUUUGAAGAUGAUAGUCAUGAAGCUGAUUCAGUCACUUGCUAAUCUUCCUUCAGAUGCCCACGUGAUAGCCUGUGCUUCUUUGAGACAGAUCUUACAGAAUCUCCCAGACAUGUGGAUGCUCAAGACACCAGAAUUAGAACCACAGCCAGUACUGCUAAGAGGACUGGGUACCUGACAUUCCUAAUUGAAUCAGCAGACAGUGGGUGCUUUUAUUCCCAGGAAGGAGAGAGGUGAUGACAUAUAUAGCAGUCUGACCAGUGGCAUCUGUACCCUUCAGAGUCACAGCAUGUUGGUGACAGGUUUUUAAAGCAGUACUCCACAUUUUUAAGUAUGUUGAUAUAUUUGCUUACUGUUCGAUUGAAAUGUAUUCCACUUGG